AUGGGAAGAAAAGUAACAAUAGCUGCUUCUACAUUGAAUCAAUGGGCUUUGGAUUUUGAAGGAAAUUUGGACAGAAUUUUACAGUCUAUAUUGGAAGCAAAAGAAUUAGGAGCGACCUUCAGAACAGGACCCGAGCUGGAAAUAUGUGGGUACAGCUGCGAAGAUCAUUUUUACGAAAGCGACACUUUCCUUCAUUCUUGGGAAGUACUAGCGGAACUUUUGAUUGCUCCCUUAUGCAAAGACAUCCUCAUAGACGUAGGAAUGCCCGUUAUGCACAAAAAUGUCUGUUACAACUGUAGAGUCAUAUUUUUAAACAAGAAAAUACUUUUAAUCAGACCGAAGAGAAUACUGUGUGAUAGUGGAAAUUACAGGGAAUCCAGAUGGUUUACGACCUGGAAAAAAGAACGUUGUGUAGAAGAUUUUUAUUUACCACGAAUGAUAACCAAACAUACUGGUCAAAGAGUAGUACCAAUUGGAGACGGUGUUAUCUCUACAUUGGACACAUGCAUAGGCUUUGAAAUCUGCGAAGAACUGUGGAGUUCUGCUAGCUCCCACAUUCCUCUCUCGUUAGACGGAGUCGAAAUAAUUUGCAACUCCUCAGGGAGUCAUACGGAGUUGAGGAAAGGCUUCGUGAUGGUAGAUUUGGUAAAAAAUGCUACUAUGAAAUGCGGAGGAUGCUAUGUUUACAGCAAUUUACGAGGAUGCGAUGGCCAACGGAUUUACUUCGAUGGUGUAUCUUGCAUUUCCUUGAAUGGAAAAAUAUUGAAUAGAGCUAGGCAGUUUGCUUUGGGUGAAGUAGAAGUUAUUGCAACUACAAUUGAUUUAGAAGAUAUCAGAACGUAUCGAAAUAGUCUUAGAUCAAAUUCACAUUUAGCCUCUUCAGCACCGUCAUAUCCGAGAAUUGUUGUUGAUUUUUCGUUAUCCCCAGAACACGAUACUACACUUCCUACAGCUGUACCGAUAGAAUGGCAUUUUCUUUUACCAGAAGAAGAAAUAGCUCAGGGUCCGGCUUGCUGGUUGUGGGAUUACUUGAGGAGGUCCGGGCAGGGUGGAUUUUUCCUGCCACUUAGCGGUGGAGUAGAUUCAUCCAGUACAGCUGUGAUCGUUUAUUCAAUGUGCAAUCUUAUUAUGGAAGCCAUUCAUCAGGGCGGGGAUCAAAAGGUAUUGUCAGAUUUAAGAAGAAUAUUAGCAAACCCUGAAUACACACCAAAAAGCCCUCAAGAAUUAUGCAACAAAAUUCUAUUCACUUGCUACAUGGGAAGCGAGAAUUCUUCAAAAGAAACGAGAGCACGCGCGGAUGCUUUAGCAGGAACGAUUUGCAGCACGCAUACAAACAUCAUCAUAGACAAAGCGGUGUCUGCUUUCAUAGAAGUUUUCACGCAAGUAACCACGAUGCUUCCUAAGUUCUCGUCGAACGGCGGUUGCGCUCGACAAAAUCUGGCUCUGCAGAAUAUCCAAGCGAGAGUUAGGAUGGUUUUCUCUUACUUAUUCGCCCAACUCAUGCUCUGGACCAAAGGAAGACCGGGAGGAUUACUGGUAUUAGGCAGCGCUAAUGUAGACGAAUCCCUACGAGGUUACAUGACUAAGUACGAUUGCUCCAGCGCAGACAUAAAUCCUAUCGGAGGGAUUUCGAAAACCGAUUUAAGAAGAUUCAUGAGUUACGCUACGAAGAAGUUCAAAUUGCCCAUUCUAAACGAGAUUAUCGAUGCUCCACCUACGGCGGAGCUGGAGCCGUUGAGACAAGGCGUGUUGGCGCAAACGGACGAAGAAGACAUGGGUAUGACGUACGAUGAGCUCAGCCAGUACGGCAGAUUGAGGAAAAUCGAAUGUUGCGGACCGUAUUCGAUGUAUUGCAAAUUGGUUCAGACUUGGUCUUCGACGUACACACCCAAACAAGUCGCGGAAAAAGUGAAACAUUUUUUCAGGUGUUAUGCUAUUAAUAGGCACAAGAUGACUGUUGUCACGCCGUCUUAUCAUGCGGAAUCUUACAGCCCGGAGGAUAACAGGUUUGAUUUGCGUCCGUUUUUGUAUCGCGCCAAUUGGUCGUGGCAGUUUAGAGCCAUAGACAAACAGGUUGAAUACAUUGCAAGCGUUAAAAGAAGCGAUUCAACAGAGAGUUCUCUCAGUCUAAAAAGCAAAAAAAGUAGUGAUUCUAACGUUAGAUUACGUUCAGGUGUUACUGUUUAA